AUGGCAACUUUACAACACGACGAAGUCAGUACACAAAAAAUUCGUUUACCUCCCAAUAUCUAUAUAACAAACGAUGUAACCGAUGGAUCAAUAAUAAAUGAUAGUCCACCAAGUCCUUAUAUUAUACAAUCACCUAUUGACGGUACAUUCCUAAACUUUUCACCACCUUCAAACUCUUAUAUAAAAACUCAUAAAAAUGUUUCAUUCUCAUAUGUACCUUAUUUCACCACGUUUCAACAUGGAACAUUGGAUAAAACUGAUAGUUAUUUGAUGGGAGUUCUUCAUUUAAAUUAUGAAAAACCCGUUCGUGUAAAAAAUGUUUAUUUAAAUCUAAAAGGUUACGAAAAAACUAAAUGGACAAAAUCUCAGGGUAGAACCAAAAUAGUAUUUAAAGGUGAACAAACGGUAGUGAAUCAAUCUUAUAAAAUUUGGGAACCAUCAGCAAAAGAAAGUGAUAUAACAAAUUAUGGUAUACCUUUUAAAGUAAAAUUACCUCAUAAUCUACCAGAAACUUUGACUACAAGGUUUGGAGCUGUUUAUUAUAUUUUACGCGCCACUGUAUAUCUUAAAGGUACUCUUGUUACCUCGCCAUCUCACAGCGUGGAAAUUCUUUGUCCACUCAAGCGUACCUUGGUGUUAAAUAAUGAUAGAGAAUUGCCAACACAAUACCAGAGAGAAUCCGAAAUUCUCAAUUAUGCAUUCAUUUUACCACCAGGAAAAAAUAUAAAUAUUGGAGUUUAUUUAUCGAUCCCAUUACGAAUUCGAUUUGUUAAACCUGGUGUGAGUCUUGAAAAAAUUGAAGUGUCCAUGCGAACUUUGAUGAAAUUUAGAUCUAAUACCAAGGAAACUUGUAGAGUGAUAAAACGUUCUACUGAAUCGAUAAUAACACGUAAAGAUUUAAAGUAUCUAAAACCUGAAUCUGAUCAAAUUCGUGGAGAUUGCAUAACUACAGCAAAUCUUUGGAUUCCACGAAGAAUCUCUCCUACAUAUUAUGGUAAACUCAUCAACAUAGCUCACAUGUUGGUUAUUAAAUUUAUAAUAGAUGGAAGUGAAACAAAUGAUCAAAGUUUUCAUGUGGAAGAAACUAUAAAUAUUGCAAAUAUUCAUAAAAAUUUUGAUGUUGAAUUACCAUUAACUCCCGAACCAACAAAAUUUUUAAAUCCAAGAGCAUUCUCGCUUUAUCCCACCACAAAUGAUGAAAGUAAUAGUGGUUCUAAUGAAACGGAUUCGAUUAACAGUUUGGAUCGUGGAGAUAUUGAAGCUGCUUAUGCGAUUGUGAAUCAACUUUAUCAAUCACAUUUAAGAAGACAUUCAACUUCUUUGGAUUUAUCACCAUCCUUCUUUUAUGAUGGUUCGAUCGCAUCCAAAUUCCCUCCAAUCCCUCCAAUCAUUUAUCCUCUCACCGAACAACCACCAAUAGACACAUUAUUUACUGCCGGCGCGGUAUCUCAUAAUUGGUUUUGA